AUGGAUCGUGCUUUGUUUCAAGAAUGGUUUGAGAAACAAUUUGUGCCCAACGUGAGAGCCUACAAUGAAGAAAAUGGACUGCCUGAUAGAUCGUUGUUACUCAUAGAUAACGCUCCGUCCCAUCCGGAUGACUUAGAGCUGGUUAUUGGUGAUAUAAAAGCCAUUUUUCUACCACCGAACGUUACUUCGAUCAUACAACCAAUGGACCAAGGAGUUCUACAAGCGUUGAAGCAAAAUUAUCGGAAAAAGCUGCUCCGAAGCCUGCUUGAGGAAAAUGAAGACCUCACAAUUCUCCAAAAGCUUAAGAAAAUCACGAUCAAAGAUGUAAUUUUCUGGGUGGCAGAGGCUUGGGAGAACACAAGCGUAGGAGCUCUGCAGAAAUCUUGGAAAAAUCUUUGGCCUGAUCUGCAGUUUGUUGAAGAGGUUGUUCCACCGGUAAAUGAAUGCGAACUUCUUCCUCUUGUAAAAAAAAUACCGGGAUGCGAAAAUGUAGAGAAGGAGUGUGUUGAUAAGUGGACGGCUGUAGAUGACAAAGGCUUCGAGGAGUACACAGACGAAGACAUCGUGGCACAGGUGCAAGGAGUCCCAGCUGAUGACUCAUGUAGCAGUGAGGAUGAGGGAGACGCCCAAACUACCGAUAUUGUUCCACACAGCGCAGCUGCAAGUGCCUUUGACCUCGCUCUACGCUACGUCGAGCAACAUGCCGCUGCUACUCCCAAUGACGUAAUGUUGAUUCGGCGUUGGCGAAACAUUGCAUCGUCCAGUCGUUUUAGUGUGUUGCGUCAAAAGAAGAUCACUGACUUUAGGUCUUAA